AUGAAACGACAUCAGAAAUCAAUUUCUUCAGAUGAAGAGGAUUUAAGACAAUCAAAAGAACUGAAACCAAAUGAUGAUGAUAGAAAUGAAACAAUAGUCAUCAAAUCAACUUUUAAUGAUCUUUGUAUCGAUAUUCUCUAUGAAUUAUUUGAAUAUUUGAAUGCCAAUCAAUUGUAUGAAACAUUUUAUGAUUUAACAUCAAAUGUAAAAUCGAUCAUACAAAAUUAUUCUUUACCAUUACAUGUUGAUAUUUCAACUGAAAAAGCUUUUCGAACAUUUUCAGCCUAUAUUCAACCAACAUUCAAUCAUUAUCCAAAACAAUUUAUAUCAUUAUCACUCUCCUCAUACAUUAUAGAUAUGACACCAUUUCUUUCAAUAACAACAUUAAUACUAAGUCAGAUGUAUCUUAAAGAAACUCAAACGGGUCAUCCAUUUAGAACACUGUGUGAAAACAUUUUUUCACUCACCCCCCAAGACGUUUAG